AUGCCGCGCGUCACCAAGCCCAAGUCCAUCGCCAAGUCGGAACCCUACCCGCUCCCGGGCGACGGCUACACCAAGCCUAACAAGGCCAGCGGCGGCGCCAAGGGGACCUGGGACCGCGUGCUGCUUGUGUCGGAGGUGUACAAGGCAACGGUUGCCGACUACGACGCUCUGGGCGCGGCCGUCGGCAAGACGGGUACUCAGUGCAAAGACACCUGGCGCAAGACCGUGUACCCUGCCCUCCUCCGCGGCGACGACUGGAGCACGGCGGGACCGGGCUGGGACACGGCCAUGAAGAUGAAGCUUGUGACCGCGGUUCUCGGUACGGCCAAGCCCAACUGGGACGCUGUGGCGGCCGCGUUUCCCGGUCGUACAAAGAACCAGGUGCACGAUAUCUGGCGCAAGGUCGUGUGGGUCAAGCUCUCGAAGGGCGAGCGGCUGCUCUAG